AUGGAAGAAUGCAACAGUCAGACCUGUGGAGGAUGUUUUCAAAAUCUUCUUGAGCAGAUCGAGAACAUCACACUGCUUCCUUUGAAUACUGUGAAAAACAUUUUGAAUAUGGUCUUCAACGCUUCAGAGAAGAUUUUAGAGUCAUCUUCAACUGAAAACCCAAUUGAACUAGCCUCCUAUGGAAACCGUGUUUUAAAAGCCAGUGAGAAACUCAUCUCUACAUUAGUGAAGCCGACAGACACAAGUGACAGUGUCAGUUUUACUCUUGCUGCUGUAGAGGGUCAAGUCUUCAUGGUUGGACCACAGGUCACCUUCUAUAAAAUCCCUCGACUUGACACGACAAAUUCUUCUGUGGACAUCGAUCUCAUUGGGAUCGCCAAGAACAACAGUGGAAGAUCAGCAGCUGUGGCGUUCAUGAGCUACAACUCGAUGGAGAAUCUACUGAAGCCAGACUUCUUACACACAUCAAACAACACGAUUAAAACCAUGAUGUCCACUGUGAUCUCAGCUACUCUUCCCAAAACCACCAACACUAAACUGUCUACACUGUGUAAACCAGUCAACUUCACCCUAAAACACAUCAGAGAGUUUGAUCCCAGUGGUUCUCUGUCCUGUGUGUACUGGAAUAUCGAUGAGUGGAUUGUAGAUGGUUGUUCUGUUUUAGAGACCAGCAGCAGCUACACUGUGUGUUCCUGUGAUCAUCUGUCCACAUUCGCUCUCAUCAUGCAAACCAGCCGCCCACCAGAGAGCGACCCACUGCUGGAUGUGUUGAAUUUGGUGUGUGUGAUCGUGGGGCUGGUGUUCUUCAGUUUGGCCCUGUUGACCUUUGCCCUUUGUCUGUGGAGUCCUGGAGUGAGUAAUGUGGCUCGAAUCAACAUCUGCAUCAGUCUUCUGCUGGCUCACCUUCUGUUCCUGCUCACGCAGCGGUUCCUGAGCUUCAUACGGCCUCAGCAGGUGUUGUGUGCCGUGAUCUCAGGCCUUCUGCACUUCCUCUUUCUCUCCGGCUUUGUGUGGAUUCUCAUUGAAGCUGUGCUGCUCUUCAUCUGUGUGAAGAACCUAUCACAGAUCAGCUCCAAAAAGAGGGAGGUGCUUAGCAGUGGAUUCCUGUGUGUGAUUGGAUAUGUGGUUGCUCUGGUUGUGGUGUGUGUGUCUGUCGGUCUGGUUCCUGAUGGCCACGGUAGCGAACGCUGCUGGAUUAAAAUGGAUAAAGGCUUCAUCUGGAGUUUUCUGGGUCCUGUUUGUGUCAUACUAGCAUCAAACACGGUUCUCUUCAUCAAGAUCGUCAUCACUCUGAACACAGCUCUCAAAAAUCUCAAUGCUGAAGUUUCACAGAUGAAGCAAACCAAGAUUAUGGUGUUUAAAACACUGGCUCAGUUUGUGGUUCUUGGUUGCUCCUGGAUUCUGGGUUUCUUCACUAAUGGCAGUAAGGUGCUGGAGAUCCUCUUCCUGAUCUUGAACUCCCAGCAGGGAACCUUCAUCUUCCUGAUCUACGGUGUCCUCAAUAAUGAGGUCAGGGAGCAGUACAUGAAGUUCUUCAGAUGUCUUUGCUGUGCCAAACAACACUGAGGACCACAGCAUCAUGUUCAGGAAGUAAUACAUUCUGCUCAAGUGUCAUUAAUAUACAGCAGAGGUGGGACUUUCAAGUCACAAGCAAGUC